AUGGAAAAAAGUAGAAUAAAACUAACUCUAAAGGAAGUUCUAAAGCUGCUGCUUCUAGGGCUUUGUGUGUAUGCAGCAAUGGACUGCUCUCACACCUCCGCUGUUCUUGGGGCUGCAAGUGCUUUUACUGCCGGGAAGUUCAUAUACUUCACAUUUAUAUCACUGUACUUAACUAUUAUUUCAACAGUUCUUGGAUAUAUUGUGAAAACCAAAGCAGGAAAAAAGCUAGAGGCCGUUUACAAGGAUAUGCUUGCCGUGGCGUUCUCCCUAGAAGGAAUAGUAACCGUGCUAUUCUGGAGCCUCUAUGUUACUGAUCGCAAGCUUCUUCUAGGUAAGUCCGUUAUGAACGACAGCGACAGUCUAUUUAUAGAAAUGUCGUCCCAUCUCUUCCCAAUCGUUCUCCUGCUGAUAUCGCAAGCAGAAGUGAGGCUAAGGAAGGAAAGGAGAUGCAUCUACUUCAUAUUUGGGUCCGGUAUUCUAUAUCUCUUGGAAAUCACCUACUUCCACAAAAAAGAUAAUAAGUGGCCGUAUCCCAUAUUCAAGGAUCCGCAGGGUUCUGCAUUCAAUUAUGGGCCCUUAAAAAGGAUAUUGUUCAUAGCUGCAUCAUGUCUUAUAGGCGUUGCUUUUUAUAGGAGCCUUAUCUCAAUUAAUGACACAAUUCAUCAGGGCUAUGAGGAGUCUGAAAGCAAUCAAAUCUAG